UUCAGUCCCCUUCUCCACACUGCCACCUCCUCUUUUCUUUCGAGUCACGCGUGUCUGUCUUAUUUUGCGUUCGGUAUUCGUGUGCAAGUACAAGUUGCUAGGAGUGGUUCGCGUUCGUCGCAUCGUGUCACCAUGGCACCAAGUGGUUUUCUACUAUGGCUUCAACACAUUCUUCUCUCAUAUCUUGAACCCCCCCACCACUCUGCUCUUCAUAUUUGUUUUUUGUCGCUCACAAGAAAACGCCGACAAGAGAUCGAUUAUUGCGUAUUUUCGCAGUUAAAAAUUGAAAAAAUGACAUUGAAGAGUCUCGGUACCGUUGAAGAAUUCGAUGAAUUCGUAAAAUCCAAAGAUUUGUCUGUUGUGCAUUUUUAUGCCGAAUGGGCAGCGCAGUGUGGUCAAAUCAAUGACGUGUUGGAAGAAGUAGCAAAAUCAAAUGAGUACAAGACAGCCAACUGUGCGAAGAUUAUUGCGGAGGAUGUACCAGCAAUAUCUCUGAAACAUGGAGUAUCGGCUGUGCCCACGAUUCUCUUAUUGCGAAAUGGAGCAGUUGUUGAUAGAGUGGAUGGUGCAAAUCCUGAAGCAUUGGUAGAAAAGAUUAAGGAACAAUUAGCGGAUGAAAGGAGCACGUCAGCUGAUAGUCUUAAGCCUCAAAUGAGUUUGGAGGAAAGGCUGAAGAAGCUUAUAAAUCAAGCACCCUGUGUUCUCUUCAUGAAAGGCGAUCCAGCAAAUCCACGAUGUGGCUUUUCCAGAACUAUUGUUUCUCUUUUGGAUGGUUACAAUACGGAUUACAAAACAUUCGACAUCCUCCAGGACAACGCAGUGAGGGAGGGUCUAAAGAAAUUUAGUAAUUGGCCAACUUAUCCACAACUAUAUCUUAACGGAGAAUUGUUGGGUGGUUUGGACAUUAUCAAAGAAAUGAGCGAAAGCGGAGAGUUGGAUGGAAUGCUACCUAAAAAAACAAAAGAGAGCAGUUAAAGUUUCCGAGGACCGAUACUUUUUCGUCUUUCAAGCUCGUAGCUAAGAUGUGUAUAAUUUGUACGAGAAAGAGACCAUCUUCCAAGAUUGCGAGGAUUAAAAGGGGAAGAAGCGUAAAUGUUUUCAUUGCAACAUACAACUCUUUUGCACAUCGUUGCAGUUGAGAAUGACCUCAUUUUUCUCUUGGCCCAUGAUUUAUCUAAGUCAUCCGAUAAUUUUCCUCCAAUGUUUCAAACCAGCAGAAGUUCAAAGAUCAUUGGAACGAAACGGAUGUGCAUUCGAGGCUUUGUAUUUGACGAUAUCUAAAAUGUGAAUGUCGAAAAUUUUCGUCGUCAAAGUUGGAACUGUUGCUGAUUUUUCAACCCGACCAGCAGACUUUUGCCUAUUUUUUUUCCAAUACAAGAUUUUAACAAAUUUCGAUAUAACUGUAAAACGAAGGAUGUUUAAUAACGACGAAACGUUUUGGGUUUACUGAAACAUGAUUUUGUAUCGUAAUCAACAUUCUGAGUGAUAAAUUAUAAACGAUGUAACGUGAGAAAAAAAACAUUUCUUUUUUAUUUUAAUUUAAAUUAAUUGUUAUAAUCUUAUUUAAUAUCUAAUAUAAUUUUCGCUUUCCUUUGCUACCGAUACGAGCUCCUUUCUUCGCUCCAGAUAUAAUGUUUUUGAAUCUACCAGCGCUCUUCAUCUUUUUCCUGCAAGACAAAUGUUUAUUUAUUGUUUUUAAACGAGUGAUGAUUUGUGAAUGGGGAUUCGAGUAAUUGAAUAAAAUAAUACCUUUUAUUGAGA